AUGAAUCGCCGGCAAAACAUCCUAGAUGGUACCGCAAAGAGUGGCGGUGACGCCACUACCCAGAAUUCCGAAAAAGGCAGUCCGGAAACAACACCACCGCCAAGUACCGCACCGGCCGGCGCGGCGCCACCCCCGGACGGCGGCCUGACGGCGUGGCUGCAGGUCCUCGCCGGGCACCUCAUCGUGUUCAACACGUGGGGCUCCAUCAUCAGCUUCGGCAUCUUCCAGCCGUACUACGAGCAGGUGCUGGCCCUGGACCCGUCAGCCGUGUCGUGGAUCGGCAGCGUGCAGAUCUGCCUGGUGCUGCUCGUCGGCGCCUUCUCCGGGCGCCUCUACGAUGCCGGCUACUUCCGGCCGAUGCUCGUUGCCGGCGGGCUGCUGCAGCUGGUCGGCAUCUUCUCGGCGAGCGCGGCGACGGGGUACUGGCAGCUGCUGCUGUCGCAGGGCGUCUGCCAGGGCCUCGGCUGCGGCGUCAUCUUUGCGCCAACCGUGGCCAACACGGCCGUGUACUUUGCGCGCAGGCGCUCGCUGGCCAUCUCGGCGAGCGCGUGCGGCGGCGCCACCGGCGGCAUCGUGUUCCCGCUCAUUGCGCGCACGCUUCUGCACCGCGUGGGAUUUGCAUGGACGCUGCGCGUCAUGGGCUUCGUCGUCCUCGCCGUGUACGCCAUCGUGCUGCUCUGUGUGCGCACCCGGCUGGCACCCCGCAAGGCCGGCGCGUUUAUCGACACGACGGCGUUUCAGGAAGCGACGUAUGUUCUUUUCGCGAUGAGCAUGUUUAUCACGCUGUGGGCAACGUAUUUUGUCUACUUUUAUGCGCGUGCCUACGCUGUCAAUGUUCUCAAAGGGUCGCAAGAUGACUCGUUCAACAUGCUCAUCGUCAUCAACGCCGUCGGGAUCCCGGGCCGACUCAUUCCCGCCUAUCUCGGCGACCGGUACUUUGGUGCCGUCAACGUGUUCCUGCCCACUGUCUUCUCCAUGGCCGUGUGCGUUUUUGCAUGGGUGGGCGUAAGAAGCAUCAGAGACGAGUACAUCUGGAUCAUAUUUCUCGGCUAUUUUGGCGCUGGCAUUCAAGGACUCUUCCCUUCGACCCUGGCAGGCUUAACAAAAGAUCUCAGCAAGAGCGGGACGAGAAUAGGCAUGAUCUUCAGCGUCGUGAGUAUUGCUGCGCUGACCGGCCCGCCGCUCGCUGGCAAGCUUAUUGACGUGCGCGGUGGCAUGUACCUUGGUGCACAGCUCUGGGGAGGCGCAUGCCUCGUGGUUGGUGGCCUGAUACUGGCUGCUGCGAAAUUGUGUAAUACAAAGGAGGCGACUUGA